AUGCCGACGGAAAGAUCGCCUUCUAGAACACAAACUGAUGGCGGUGAGGCGGUGACGAGGCUCCUGGACGCCGAAUUGGAAGCGGGGACAUCUGUGCAAGGUGCAGGUUCUCUGCAGGUUAGAGACAGCAAUCAAGUGCAGACAAUCGUGAGUGCGACGAAUGCGGUUCGUUUGCCUGUUUUCUGGAAGGACAACGCGGUUCUAUGGUUCGCGCAAGUAGAGGCUGCGUUCGCUAUCAACCGAAUAGCGAGUGACGAGUCUAAAUUCCGUUAUGUGAUCUUGUAUACGGAUCAAACGGUCUUGCCCUUGGUAGCUGACCUUUUAGUAAACCCGCCAGCGUGUAACAAGUAUCAAACACUGAAAGAACGUAUUUGUUCUGUGCUUGGAGAGACAAAUGCGACGAAAAUAAGAAGGCUACUCGGAUCACACGAACUAGGUGAUGAAAAACCCUCAAUAUUUCUGCAGAGGUUACGAAAUUUAGCGGUUGGACAGGUUACGGAUGAAAUACUGAAAACUAUAUUCAUGGAACAACUCCCUGAAAAUGUGCGUACUAUUCUGGCUAUCAGCGAGGUGCAGGAUCUGCAAAAAUUGGCCGCUCAAGCUGAUAAAGUGAUGGAGGUGACAAGGCCUACCGUGUCGGCGGUGCAAGUAGCCAGUGCUGAGCAAAAAGGACCUGACAGCCACAUCUUGAACGAGAUCGCUGAAUUAAAAAAGCAAGUAAAAAAACUUAUUUUGAGAGGUAGACAGCGUAGUUAUUCACGUGGAAGAUCGAGGUUCGCUCGGAAACGCUCGCGAAGCCGAGGAGAGGACGAUUGUAAUAGCGAAGAUAAUAGUAACGAAACAGAAUAUUGUUAUUAUCAUCGAAAGUUUGGUGAUAAGUCUUGGAAAUGCCGUCAGCCAUGUUCCUGGAAAAAACCGAUUAGAGAGUCGGAAAACUAG